AUCAUCAGUUGUUUUAUCGCACUCUGUGUGGAUCGUCCAUUCUUAAGGUCUAGAAAGCUAGCAUCAAAAACAAUGUUUGAUAAAGGAGUCUUUGGUGUGAGCCUCUGGUGUGCGAUAGCCACUCUUGUGAGUUCUCAGCAGCCGUGCCCGAGCGAUGUGUUUGUGAAACCGGCAGAGGUCAUAGCGUGCGAGCAACGAGCCCAGAACGAGCCUAUGAACCAGACCCUAGCAGCCGAGGCCUGUUUGCGGACGUACUUUGUGAACAGAUUCACUGCCAACUCCUUGCUACCAGAAGACUACGCUUUGCUCGCAGAAUUCGCCGCGAAAAAGUUCGGGAAAAAUCCGCCCGUUAGCGGCUACCGUGUGCGACGUGACAUCCGGGUUCUCUCCGUCACGGAGCGACAGAAGCUCUUUCGGGCUUUCAACGUUCUCUACAAGACGGGCGUGCUAUCCAAGUUCGGCCGCAUCCACGGCCAACAGGCUCUCCGGAAACACCACGGGGCCAGCUUCCUGCCCUGGCACCGAGUUUUCUUAGCGGCGGUAGAGGAGAAGCUGCGCGAGAUUGACCCGGAUGUGUCGCUGGCGUACUGGGACUACUCCAUGGAUUACUACCUGCCACUUCCGUCGGACUCUGUAAUCUGGAGCUCGUGCUUCGCCGGCAACGGCGAUGGCGUAGUCAGUGAGGGUCCCUUCCGGUUCAUGUACGGCGGUUUCAACGAGCUUAUCAGGCGCGACAUCGCGCGGAACGGAACCUGUCCGCCCCGGUUGAUUAACAAGGACGAUAUUGACCAGCUGAUGAGGUUUUGCUAUUAUGCGAAUAUAACGACCGGAAAUACGCCGAACUACUUCCAGCAGGUGAACAAUCUCGAGGUCCUACACGAUGGUGUACACGACUGGGUCGGCGGAGAUAUGUCUUACGUACGACACGCGCCCUACGACUUCGUGUUUUACAUGCACCAUUCCUUCAUCGACUACAUCUGGGAGCAGUUCAGGUCCCGACAGUCCUCCUUAAGUUGCCGCGUGGACGUCGAGAGAGACUACCGGGAACCAGGAGACUACGCUAUCGACAACUUCCCCGGUCACGCCCCCUGGGAGGAGAUGCACGGGUUUGAGUACCUGCAGAACCGCGACGGUCUCUGGCGCAACUGGACCACAGCCGUCUAUGGCUACGAAAUGGCUCCGAGGUGCCCAGAAUGCAGCAAUUCAGAGAACCUCUACUGCGACAGGGAAAUCGACCCGCGCCGACCGGAGGGCGUCUGCGUGACGAAGACGAAGUUCUUCUGCGUCGACCCCCCGCUAACGGACUUUGAUAGAGAUAAGCCGUUUGAAGAGCCGCUGGGUGGCUGGGCCACUCUAACACAGAGCACUAUACACAAAGGGCUGCCAGGGGACGGUCGUACCAGAUUCAUGUCGCAGGAAGAAGGUCUUGUAAUUCUCAGAGAGCAGAUCGGGCAUGUGACUGCGUCAACACCAUCUGUAACGUACACCUUGAAGGGAUCAAGAGCACCAGAGAACGGAAAGUCAACGCUGAAAUUAAAUCUGCACGAGGAAUUGUAUGUUAUUUCUAGUGCUGACAGCAAGGGGGCGCUCGAGACAUACGAGGCAAUCAUUGGCGCUCUGCUGACCACUACUGCCGCAAUUCUUGCCAGUUUUAUUUAAUUUAAUGCUAACACGUAAUACUGCCAUUUGAAUUGCUUAAAAAUAAGUAACGACAAAACUUAGCAAUAAAUUUAGUUGACAGCUUCUUAAAUUUGAAUGACUGGUAAAUUUUCAUUUAUGUUUUAGAAACCAACAUUAAGUGUGUUAAACAUAGUAAGUUCUGAGCAGUUGAAAUAUGUGUCAAACUACGGAGAAUAUUAAAAUAAGGAAUGACACAUGGCGUAAAACACAUUUAUUUUGAAUUAUUUUCAAGUUUCUUAGUCGUUAUUUGAUAUUUGAGCAGUUUGACUCGGAUCAUAAGAUUGUGUCGAUAUGCUCUAUACGUUGUUUUGUGUAUGCUGCUUUUGUAUAAAGUAAACCUCUUUUUUUCGAAAACCGCAAAUGGGAAUUAAUUGAUUGAUUGAUUUUUUGUAGUUUUUAAAGAAACACACUACAGAUGUAUAGAAUAUUACAAUUAAUUAAACACUAUUACCGAGCCCUAAUCUCCGAAUACACAGAUCAACUUAUGCCGAAAUAUUACAAAUUCGCAUUUCAUAUUUCCCUAGAAAAUAAAUAAAUACUCACUAAAAUUCGCUAUUUCCAUCGUUCUUAUAUUUAGUGUUGUAAAUGGUCCAAACUACUUGAGAUAUAGUAGUGUUCAAUUGAAUGGGCGAUGCAAAAAAAUCAAUCGCUUUCUUUACGUAUUGUUUCGAUAUAAUCGAUGACGUGUAAAAUGCAUAGUUGUUUUCAUAUUUUACAAUUGUAUAUAUAAUGCUUAUUUUUACUGCCAGUCUAACCACAGACUAUCACUGCCAAUGUUUUAAUUCGUAACCAUCGCGAAAGCUUAGAUUGUUCCUUUAUGAUUUACUAUUAAGCAGCUUAAAUGUGACAAUAGUGCUGUUUAUAUAUACUUACAUUAAUAAUGCUACUAUACUUCUUUUUCCUUCGUCAAAUGUUUGUCUGGUCAACUGUUGCUACUCAACUGUUCCCUUCUACCGACAUUCAACUUUUAAACUUAAACAAUUUUACUGUUUAAUCUGCUAAAAAUUAACUGCCUUUAUUUUAGUGUUUAUUUCUACUUCCGUUAUGUUCCCUUUAUUCAAUUGUUCAACCGAAGGUUUCUUUCAGCUCCUUUUAUUCAACUGUCUUACCGCCUCUUUUGUUUUGAUCCCUGAUGUUGACAUUUUCCUGUUAAAUGGGUGCCAUUAUUCUGAUUCCUGGUGCUGAUAUUCUCAUGUUGAAUGAGUGCUAUCAUUAUUUUCCUUUUUUCAAAUUCCACCAAUAAACUACUGCUGUUGUAUUGGUCCGUUGAAUCAACAUUCCCCUGUUCAACUUGUUAUUGUGCUAUUUAUGUGUAGCUACAUGCAAAUAUUUUACUGCUUAAAUACUUAAACCUUUCCUGGCGUGUAUCCGUUAAACAGUUGCAGUUGCUGUUAUAGUUCUAAUACAAUCUAAUGAAAUUCUGCAGUUGACCGUUUGUUUUACUUUUCCUAUCUUCAGACAUUCACGCAUUUAACUUAUGCUAUUGCAUUGUUUCCGUUUUUCAGUCAUUCAACAUAUAAUUGUCUUGCAUUUUCUGUAGCCUUCAUUCGACACUUAACCAUUAAUAAUUGCUAUUUAUUUUCCGUCGGACUGAUAUGCAAUUAUUUAACUGUUGGUAUUGAGUUGUUUCCUUCUACUGACAUUCAACUAUUAAACUUUAUGUAUUUCACUGGUUCGUCUCUUAAAAUUAAGCAGUUAAACGUAUGAUAUUAUACUAUUGUAUUCUAAUAAAGAUCAACUGAUUAACUGCUGCUAACGUAUUGUUACUUUCCUCUGACAUUCAAUGAUUGCACUAAUAUGAUUUUACUUUUCUCUUCUACUAUCAUUUCAUCUUUAAACGUUUGAUAUAUAUAUGUUUCUUCUACAAACAUUCAUCAGUUACAAUGCUUUUGUAACGUCUUUUUAAACUGACAUUACACAGCUCACCUGAUAUAAUUACACUGUUUUCUUUUACGGAGCAUUUCCUAAAAUUGAUGUUUUUCUGUUCACUUUAACUAACAUUCAAUAUUUAAACUCUGUAAGUUUAGGUUCUCGUUUACUGAGAUUGCAUUAUAAAAUUGGAUUGUGUAUUUCUUACACCUGGCGUAAGGUUAACCCCAGACGCUUAUUUUUAUUUAACUAACUAUACAAUUUGGCAUUGCUUCUUCUUUUAAGUACAUGCACCUAAACGUGAUGUUUUUUUUUCUCCUUAUAACUAGUGUUUUUACAAUGUUUUACCUUUCUUUUCCAUAAAACGUAUUAAUAAACAACGCCUUAGUGAAAAACCUUUUGGGCUGUAUCUUCAGCUUUAUUUUUACCUGCAGUUUCUGAACUUUCGUCUUACAAAAGAAAACUGUGCCAGAACAAUAAAAUAAUUGUCUUUACUUUGCACGAGUUUAUGUUAUAUUAAUGACACUAUUUUCACGACAUUCUGUAUCAAUUCGCUCUCAUUUUGUCUACGGUAUUUUAAAUAAUUUUCACAUCGUGUUACAUACUUUUUUCUUCAUGUGACAUACAUUAUUUUCUUCAUAUGAAUAUCCUGAUUAAGGUAUUGAACAGAAUUUCCCUUAAAAUAACACAGUUGUUCGAGUGCUUUACUAUUACUAAAAACUCAUUUUCUGUCUCUGCAGCUAAAAUUAAAAAAAAAUACUAUCGUAUAUUUAUUAAUUUUAAACAAACCCAAACCUGAAACUCGUGUAUAUUUUACUUAUACUUUUAAAAUGUAUGUUAACUACAAAUCCAAAAAGAACGACAUAAAAUUUCCGAACCUUAGGUCCCGCUGUAUGUUGAUUGCCUGUCUCUAGGCAACCACGUGGACCUAUAUGCAAUAUGUGCUAUUUCACGCAUUUUAUGCAUUGGGGACGCAAUCGUGAUAUAAUUAUGGCGCAUUUAUUACACUAUUACCAAAUAUGGUAAGUCCUUGUUUUGUUUUAAUGCUUUAUGUUUAUAGUGCAUAUUCACCAUAUAGAUUUAAUGUUUGCCUAAUUAAAAUAAAGUAAAGAUCUUAUUACGUUCUUUAAAUAAAUAUAUGCAGUGAACCGUUAUAUGCCGUAACAUAUAAUUGGUAUGUGAUUUUGUAUAACGUAUUGUACACAAAGUAUCGUCUAAAUCACAAUCCAUUAAUCACCGCCAUGUGAAACAUUUACUAUGUUCUUCUGUUAUAAACUAAAAAAACGAUUUUUGAAAUUAUAUGCGCCAUUUUUUAUGUCUAAAAAUAAUGUUCUGAUCCAAAUAUUAUGUUACUAGUUUAACCUAUAUUUCUAGUAUAUACAGUGUAUCCUUGUAUUAUGUGUAUCGAUGUAUAUUUUAUAUACCUAUGUUUUGACUUAGUAUGUGUUUAAAUGUUUCCUAAAUGGUUUAUGUUAUUAUCAUUUAACUAUUGGGCGGUAUGAACUAACGCAUAUUAAAUAUUAAUAUAAAUUUGCGAAGGAAACUUAAGUAUGUUAAAUUAGUAUAAAUAGCCAAUAUGCUAUGCUUUGUGAAAAAUGUAAUACAAAACUUCACUGCGAUUUUUGUUGAUUUGUUUCAGCAUACAUUAAACAUAUUUUGUUUUUAUGCAGCUUUUAGGGAUCAAUGAUGAUAACUGAAAUUGCCAGUACGUAUUUUUAUUCUUUUUUCUCGGAUAUAAUCACAAAAACUUAUUAUUGAUUGAUUUUUUAACAAUUUCAUAAACAUGCAUUCAAUGAACCAUAGUGCUGCAUUUUUUUUCUACCGAGAUAUUUGAUUUGCGUUCGUAUUUUUGUGCUUUGAGUUGAGAUUUUUUGCAAACAUACGAAUAUCUUAUUGUACUGCCAUGUUUUUGUUGUGGAAAACAAUAUGUUUUUAAUGCAUAUCAUAUCAUAUAAUCAGUUGCCAUACAAAUAAAUUUCACAGAAA